AACAGAACCUUAGCUUGUGCACAUUAACAAAUUUCAAGCAUAGUGCACGGUCGGAUUUAAUAACCAUGCUAUAAAAUCUUAGAGAUAAAGUAAAGUGUCUCAUUCUCCGUUGUUUAAUGGAUGCAGCGGCUUCACAGCUCGUUGAUCAAGAAAGAAAGAAGAGCAAGAGCAUCAAGCACUAAUCAGUGAUCAAUAACAUGGCAGAAGAAAUCACCGAAUCUCCAAAUGACCCACCACCAGAAACACCGCCAACUCCACCAUCUGAACCGGAAUUCGACUCGAAAACCAUGCGCAGAACAAAACCGGGGUUGAAGCGCCUCUUCCUCACUUUCACAGUCCUUGUCUCCUUCCUUUUAGGUUUCCCUUUUUUAUUCAAAUCCGUUGAGAUCUACCGCUCUCCGCUUCCUUUCCACGACAUCGAUAGCCUCUCAAACGACGUCGUCUCCAAUCCAUUCCUCUUUCCUUGCCAUUUCCAAGCCAUUCUUGUCCCCUCCGAUCCCAAAUCUUCUUCAAUUGACCUAAAUUUAGACGAGCUUGAACUCUCAAUUCGCUCUAAGAUUACCAAAUUAGCCUCCAAAGGAAUAGCAUCUCAAUGCGGAGCCUGCACCAACAACUUCACUCUCUCGCUAACCCUAGACGACGGGGAUUGCACGCAAUCUUCGUCUAAGUUUUACAAGUGCGGCGCGAUCCGAGCCGUUGAUUUGGAUUUCGGUGACGAUGAGAGUGUCGAUGAAGCUUUGGAGUCUGCUGGUUUGGAUUCUGGCGGGAAAGUGUAUAGUGUGGUGGUGGUGGUGAAUGGAGAUGGUGUGGAUGGAGUGAAAGUGGUUGUUGGGAAGUACCGGCACGCUUGGAUUGUAGGGAGGGAUUGGGGAGUUGAAGAAGUGGCAGAGAGAUUGGCGGAGAUUUUUGUCAGAGUGUUUGUGAAUGGCGGGAGAGAGGAAGGGUUGAUUCAUGGGGAGUUUAUGCCUGUUGGUGCUGAUGGGAGGAUUGUUCUUUCGUUUAACUUGCUCAAUGCGGAUCCCAGUGAUUGGACUUACGAUUGGGAUUUUCGGAAAAUAGAUGAAACUCUGUUGGCUCCUAUGAUUGAUGCGUUGGGACCGAUAGCAAACAUAAGCGUGGAGAGCCAAGUUUUGUACCAUACUCCAAAGUUUUCAGUUUCUUCUUGGGAUGAAAAAUUAGGUGGCUAUAUUUUUAGUACAAAGGAUCUUCCUUUCUUUGUGAACUCAAAUGAGUGGCACUUGGAUACUUCUAUUGCUGCUGGUGGGCGAUCGAAAAUCUUGCAAUUUGUGGUAUAUGUGCCAUCUGCAAAGGAAUGUCCCCUUCUUCUGCAGCUUCCAAAUGGAGAGAUUUCUAAAACAAAUGCCUUUAUAUCUCCAAUGUGGGGAGGUGUCAUGGUGUGGAAUCCUCAAAGCUGUUCAAGGGAUUCAGACAGUGAGCUUCUUGUUAGGCAUAUAAUGUCUCCUGAGGACCUUCAGAAAGUUUUUGAAGUUUUUGUGGGGCAAUUCCGGCAACUUUUUGGUCUAAAAUCUGGUAGUCUUCAUGUGGGUGCAAUGGGCACGUACAGUCUUUUAGCCAGUGAAAAUGGCUUCACAGAAUGGGAAUUGGAUGUCUUGUCACGGCAACAUACGUGUUUUAAUAUUCACUCAAGCGCCACAACGCUGGGAUCUCUUUCAAAAUUGGUUCAAUCAUUGCCUAGGAUGAUUAUUAUGGAUGAGAUAGGAAAGCAGGUAAAAUUUUCCCUUGAAGCAGCAAAAUUUGCUCGAGUUAACGCCUCUCUUGGAUUUUACGAUGCUUCAGCUGUGUCCUCAAGACAAGCAAGAUCUUUGGCAGAGGAUGCCUUCUUCCACCCAUCAAUCAUGUCUGUCAGCUACUACUCGUUUGAGCACUGUUUUGCAGUGUACUCGCCAUUCUUCUUGCCAGUUUCAAUGCUUGUCCUCCCUGCUGCAUUAAGAGAAUGGAGAAGAUACAAGCAAGAAAAGGCAAAGUACUUGCUAUGGAAGGCUAAAGAAAAGGUGGCAUCUUAGUUACUAGCCGUGGAAGUGAUUUUUCAUGAACAAGGCCCCAUCUGCCGGAGAGAAGGGUUCCAGAUGACAUCGCAGAGGCAAUUCAAUGAGCAAGGGGCUGCACUUUGGGUAUUUAUCUUCCAGUUUGGAUGCUGCGUGUAUCUAAUCAUUUGCUAAUACUUACAGGCCACGUCCUAGUUCCUUCCAAAGGUUUUAAACCCCAUCACAAAUGCCAAAAAAUACCAAACACCCAAGGAAGAAAACUGUUCACAAUACAAGCAAUCAUUGAAUCCAUUUGACCCAGUGAAGGCUUAUUAGAGGCUUUCUAUUUUCUGUGACAAUGGAGGAAUCGAUUGUUUACUGAGAAUUUUCUUGGAGCUGCUGUGUUUAUUAGAGGGCUAUUUAGUGAAGAAGCUCAAGUAUUUUU